CCGACGCUGACACUACGUAGCGUUACGUCUGGAUAUAGCCAGCAACUUCAGCGGUCUCUCCCGGGCUAAAACUGAACGAAACAGCGUUUUCGUGGAUUGGAUGGUUGAAACUCCCCAGCGCAGGGAUCCGAUGGAGCACCCCGCCGGCUAACGGCCGCCGGUUAGGAGAAAGCAGGAAGUGUUGACGUUUAACACAAGAAGCAACAGGAGGUUGAGCUGGGCUAACAUGGCGAGCCGCAGCAGGUUCCCAGCUCCCGAGCAAAUGUAAAGCGAGACGAAACUGGAAACGACGGGGCCGCUUGUUUGGAGGACUUUUACGCAGCUUAACUCUACAUGGAUUAUCCGAGCUGACCGGGACCGGAGCGCCACCGCUAAAACCGUAUGGCGUCCACUCAAGCCCGGCUAGGCCAGCAGGCCUUGGCGUUGCUGGAUGUGGCUCUAAGAGUUCCCUGUAUUUUCAUUAUCGACGCCAUUUUUAACUCUUACUACGACCAAGGGUCGGGAUGGGCCGGGGCUACGGGCAAAGCGCUGGUCCGAGUUAUCGGUAUCCUCAUCUCCACGGUGGUGUUGCUGCUCUCACAGAAAGCCUUGUUCAAGUUCUACACCCUCUUCCUCGCUGUCCUCCUGGGCUUGGCAGCGGUCCUCAUAAACUACUACGCCACCUCGCACAUAGACUUCUACAGUGCGUACUACAAAGCGGCUCUGGGAUUCAACCUGCUGCCCAGGAACGGGACAACGCUGUGGCUCGGCAUGGCCGGGGUCCAGCUGAUCUUCGGCAUCGGCUACGUGUUCCUGCUCAAUCUUCAGUCGGUGUUUGCGGCGCUGGUGGUCUUGGACAUCAUGAUCCCUCUGUGGGGGAUGAUCAUAGAUCUUCCUGCGGACGUCAGGCAUACGGUGGCGGUCGUCUCGGGCCUGGCGCUCGCUCUCAACACGGCCGUCUGCCUAGCCAUGAGGCUCAAGUGGUUCUACUACUCGUGCCGCUACGUCUACCUGCUGGUGCGGCACAUGUACAGGAUUUAUGGACUUCAGCUUCUGCUGGAAGACACGUGGAAAAGAAUCAGGUUUCCCGACGUCCUGCGGGUGUUCUGGCUGACCCGGGUCACCGCCCAGGCACUCAUACUGGUUUAUGUUGUGCAAGCGGUCAGAAGGGAGAGUGGGGAUGCAGCAGGCGGGUCAACGGAUGGGAGCUCUGAUGCGCAGGGUUACCUGUUCAGCUGGGACGUGUUCUGGGAUCUGACGAGCAACCUGAUCAUCUCUGGAUGCGAUUCCACUCUGACCGUGUUGGGCAUGAGCGCCGUCAUCUCUUCCAUGGCACACUACCUCGGCCUCAGCAUCCUGGCUUUCAUAGGUUCGACUGAGGAAGAGGACAAACGCUUGGGCUUCGUGGCUCCGGUUUUGUUCUUUAUUCUGGCCCUGCAGACUGGCCUCAGCAGCCUGGAUCCAGAAGAACGCUUGGUCCGCCUGAGCCGAAACAUGUGCCUUCUACUGACGGCCAUCCUGCACUUUAUUCACGGCAUGACCGACCCCGUCCUGAUGUCUCUCAGCGCAUCCCACGUCUCCUCCUUUCGCCGCCAUUUCCCGGUCCUGCUGGUGUCCGUGGCCCUCUUUGCGCUCCCCGUGGCGCUCAGCUUCGCCCUCUGGCAUCACUACGCCCUCAACACCUGGCUCUUCGCCGUCACGGCCUUCUGUGUCGAGCUCUGUCUCAAGGUCCUGGUGUCCCUGACGGUCUACGGCCUCUUCAUGGUCGACGGCUUCUCCAACGUCCUCUGGGAGAAGCUGGAUGACUACGUCUACUACGUGCGCUCCACCGGCAACAUCAUCGAGUUCCUGUUCGGCGUCAUCAUGUUCGGCAACGGCGCCUACACCAUGAUGUUCGAGACGGGCAGCAAGAUCCGCGCCUGCAUGAUGUGCCUGCACGCCUACUUCAACAUCUACCUUCAGGCCAAGAACGGCUGGAAGACGUUCAUCAACCGGCGCACCGCCGUGAAGAAGAUCAACUCCCUGCCGGAGGUCCGCGGGGACCAGCUGAGGGACAUCGAGGACGUGUGCGCCAUCUGUUACCAGGAGUUCGCCAACUCGGCGCGCCUCACGCCGUGCCACCACUACUUCCACGCGCUGUGCCUGCGCAAGUGGCUCUACAUCCAGGACACGUGCCCCAUGUGCCACCAGAGAGUGUACGUGGAGGACGAGGGCCGGGACAGGGCCGCCUUCUCCAACAACAACGGGGGCUACGCAGCGCCGCAGGACGCCGCUGCGGCGGGCCCCCCGGCGCACGGCGAAGACCAGCGAGGACAGCUGGUCGCCGAGCUGCUGCCCAACGGCGCGGCCGCCGGAGCGCACGCUGCCGCCGGCCCGCCGGGGCCGGACGAGCUGGUGGAGGACAACGACAGCAUAGAGUACGACGAGGACGAGUGGGGGACUCAGAACGGCAGCACGCCCGUAGAAGAAGAGUAUAUCAACGACGACACGGACUCGACAGAAGACUGACGACAGAGGAGCUCUAGAAAAUAAUAUACAUAUAUCUUUAUAUUUAAGUUAAAAAGGAGUAUUAAAAACUUCAGACACUUAAUUAUUAUUAUUUUUUUUCUCGGAAAAAAAACGUCAGGGAUCUCAGUCUCUUUGUUUCCUGUUAGUUUCUUUUGAGUUUUACUCUAUAAGGGCUUGUGGAAAGAGUAAAAGCUGCUCAUUCAGUGUGUGUGUGUGUGUGUGUGUGUGUGUGUUGUGAGGAAAUGUGUGAAAGAUGAAGAAACCAAAAACUCAGAUUUGUCUUUUUAAAUUUCCGUCGAAGUUAUCGGAAAGCCUGGUUUAAAAAAAAAAAUAAAAUCUCUCCAUCAGGACGCGGCUUUCUUUAAGUAAAUUUCUCAUCGCCUUGACUUGGAUACACAAAUUAUUAUUAUUGUUAUUUUAUUUUUGGGUUUGACCGACAGGGGAGUGGGGUUCUGUUUCUGCGGUCGUGUCCCGACAUGUAAUGUGCUUAUUCAGUGUCGUAAAAAUGGCAGCCGUGCCCCCUCUUGUAAUUUGCAGGAAAUUCUGGAUCAUUAAAAUGUCAGUUUGUUUUUUUUUUUUUUUUUUUUGAUCAUAUUUAAGCUUUCAGUUCUCCAAUCUUAGUUUAGUUUCGUAUCCAGUCUCGGUUUUCGACCUCCACCUUAGCUCUUUGACAAACCUGCUGUUUUAACUUUGCCAAAACAAAUUAUUAUUAUUUUUUCAAUCUGAAGUGACUGAUUGGACGCUGAUGAGGUUUCUCGUGGAAAGCUACAGAGACUCAUCUCAAACCAGCUGCGAUCUCCCCUCGUACCCCAACUUGUACUGUAUAUUGAGAUUGGCCCAAGUUUGCGGUAAACUCAGUAUUUUUGUCCAUUUUUAUUUAUACAUGCAAGUGAAACCCCAGUGAACGAGCUCAGCGUGAGGGCGUUCGCCGGUGGAAAAAACCGAGGUGUGUCCGGAUUAAAGACUAACUUGCUACUGUAGUCCCUGAUAUACCUCUCAUUGCUUACUACUGGUCUCUUCUGUGACCUCACUUAUCGUGUACGUUGUCGUACAUACCAUGAAACCUGUGCACAUGUUCUCUUUAAUAUUGAAGGUUUCAGGUGAUUUGUUUCUAUUAAUAUUUACACUUCUGUUUUUGUCUUCACACAAGUUAUUAAAUUGGGUUUCAGGUGCGGAAAGAGUCGCUCAUGGUAAGACUACUGGUUCUGCAAAAGAAAACCGCAGAGAUUGUGUAAAACGAUGGUAAAAAUUGCCAACUGUACUAUUUGAAUUACUUGAAGGAAGAAAAAAAAGUAUUUUUUUAUGAAUCAGGUAAAAUAACUUUUGCUGGAUGGAUUUGUCAUGUUUUUUUUUUUUUUUCCAGAUGGUUGUACAAGUCAUUAAACAGUCUUGUUUCUAAA